GUCUAUUGCAACCUUAUCUGAUGAGAUGAGCGAGGUAGCACUAGAUUAGAACUCCUUGUUACUGUAGCGCAUCUGGAUCUGGACUUGCCCUUCCAUUAUUGUCCUUGUUCCUCCUAUAUACUUGCUCCACUCUAGCAAAGUACCAGCAAGGAAGGAGAGCUACCUCAGCUGCCCAAGAAGAGCCUUCCGGCAAUGGCCACGGCGGCAUCUCCAGCAGCAACCUCCGGCUCCGGCUCCGCCGCCGCCGGAGAGAAACUGAUGAAGGAGGAGGUGCUUCCCCCAACCCUGGCUUCCAAUUCCCAACCGCCAAAUCUCUUGGAUGGCACAACAAGGCUUUACAUCUCCUACAUAUGCCCAUACGUGCAGAGAGUUUGGAUCGCAAGGAACUUCAAGGUACCGAUCGAUGGAGGUGUACCGGCCGGCCUCAUCAUUUCCUCAUGCUUCCGCUAUCAAAAUCUUGAAAAUUUUCUUGGGCAGGGGUUGCAAGACAAGAUUCAGCUGGUUGCCAUUGAUCUGCAGGACAAGCCUGCGUGGUUCCUUGAGAAAGUUUACCCGCCGGGCAAGGUCCCCGUGCUGGAGCACAAUGGCAACGUCAUAGCAGAGUCCUUGGAUCUGCUCAGCUACCUGGACGCCAACUUUGAGGGCCCCAAGCUGCUUCCCCAGGACGACCCUGCAAAGCAAGCCUUUGCCGAUGAGCUGAUCGGCAGCAGCGACCCCGUCAUCGUAGCCUUGUUCAGGGCAGGCCGUGCCGCUGCCGGUGCCGGUGCCGGAGGAGAUGAUAUCAGUGAGCUAGUUGCGCCUGCUCUUGACAAGGUGGAGGAAGCCCUGGGGCGUUUCUCUGACGGGCCCUUCUUCCUGGGGCAGUCCAUGAGCGCAGUCGACAUGGUGUAUGCGCCCUUCGUUGAACGCUUCAAGGAUUUCUUCGCUGCUGCGAAGCAGUACGACAUGACACAGGGAAGGCCCAAACUCAAGGAGUGGAUAGAGGAGCUGAACAAGAUAGACGCCUAUGCAGCGACCUGGGGGGAUCGCCGUCUGCAGAUCGCCGCCAUGAUGAGCAAGUUCGGGCUAGAAAUCCCGGUAGCCUGAUCUCAUCUCAUCUCAUCAUCACAACAUCUGGACGGUUUCAUGCCGUAUGGGUUGGAAUAAGGAGAGAGUUUGUUCUGGUGUAUGCGUUGCUUGUACUCGUCUAGUAUCAAACAAGACACCACUUGGCAUGUUUUAUUCUCUGAAUUCUCAAUCAAACGAAAUUUCAUGAAUAAAUUACCAUCCCAAACAACA